AACACGAUGAUGGCGGCCUCUGUUGCAGCCCGGUCGAGCAUGGGGCUGACUUUGAGACUUUCUCGAGUUAUUCCGGACUGUAGUACCUGUCCUUUCUAUAAGUUAAAAAGCUGUGUGGGCAGCGUGGCUAGUUUACAGAGAAGGGGCUCAUUUGAUAACUUCAAGACGAUAAAUCGACAUUUACAAACCACGAUAGGUCUUUAUCACAGUGAGGAGGGGAGCUCCAAUGCAGAAGACCCGGGGGAUGUGGUAAAUGUUGUGUACAUAGAUCGGUCCGGCAAAAGGAUACCAGUCAAGGCCAAAGUGGGAGAUAAUGUCCUAUAUCUGGCUCACAAGCAUGGAAUAGAGCUAGAAGGAGCCUGUGAGGCAUCACUGGCCUGCUCAACAUGUCAGGUCUAUGUGAGCACGGACCAUUAUGACAAACUGCCAGAACCCGAGGAGAGGGAGGAUGACAUGCUAGACAUGGCUCCUAUGCUUCAGGAAAACUCCCGGCUGGGAUGCCAGAUCUUUCUCACUUCAGAGCUGGAGGGCAUGGAGCUCACCCUGCCCAAAGUCACCAGGAACUUCUACGUGGACGGCCAUGUUCCCAAACCUCACUGAGAAGAGGCACUGAUGAGACUUGCAGGGUAGCACUGCAAAGUGGACACAAUUUGUGCUGGUUUAGUAAAGGGGCGACAAUGAAGAGAUUCACGGCUACGAUAGAAGAGUCUGUAGCAACUUCCAAGGCACCUUGCAAAGUGAAAAAUCCACAGUAAACCAGUGACAGCAUCAGCCUAUGGAUGAGAUCAGACAGAGAUGGACUUUAUAGGAGUCUCACUGAAGGUGAAACUAAUGGUCACUUCCAAAGAAAUGUGGAAUUAUGACUGACCACGUAUUUAUUAAUGUGGAGGGUUUUCAGGCCGGCACUGACACUAUACAAAAUCAGAAGCUGCUCUUUUUAAUAUUCCACGCCAUUUUACAAACACUGUUUCACACAUUGCAGAGCAAGUUUUUACAAAGUUUGUCUUUGUCUGUGUUUAAUAGAACAUUCCUUGGUAAAGCUCAAAUACGCACAAUUAUUAUGAGAUGGUGUUAAUUCUGUUUCUCUUGGUCCAUCAUUGUCACCCUGAUUCACUCACCAGAUACGGUUGGAUAGCAUUUACUUUGGUUUUAAGUACCAAAUUCACCUGUAGGUGUUGUGGUGAUUACUCAGUAUGAACCAGCUAUACCUGUGUGAAAAUCUUGAACUAAAGCCAGCCACAGAAGAAGCAGCCAUAUUUAAAUGGAAAAAAAAAGUUUUCUUGACACACAAGGACAGAAUUUUAAGUAUAAUAAAUCCUCUUUUAAACUGUUGAAACUUGCAUUUCACCAUAAACAUUUCAAAACAUAGCCAGGUGUGUUGAACAUUUAAGGGGGGAUGCUUUUUAAAACUCCUCCCAGUGAUUAAGGCAUGAUUGGCUGAUGUGGUUCAGGUGUGCCUUAAUCCUGAUCAGGUGAAGAGGAGGUGGAGGUGGUUGGCUAAAUGUUAUCCAGUGUGUCAAAAUUCUUAGGUUACAGCCUGUGAAGGACCCAGUUUAGCCUGCAUUAGACCGCUUAAUCAGAUUUGAGGACUUAACCACCAUCUACUUUGUACUUAAAUCUACUGUACUUGUUGAAAAACAUUUAAGCCAGUUGUGUGUCAUGUGUAAGAAAUAUGUAUUUAAAGCUGUGCAAUAAAAUCAAUUUUAAGGUUUA